GGCGCCGGCCGCGACUGCGUCCUGUUGCAAGAGGACUUCCUGGCGCACCGGGGCCGACCCCACGUCUAUCUACAGCGCAUCCAGCUCAACAACCCCACGGAGCGUGUGGCCGCGCUACAGACUGUGGGCCCCACUGCCGGCCCGCUCCCCAGGGCCUUCACCAGCACCCUGGAGAAGGUCGGCGACCAUCAGUUCCUCCUCUACUCCGGUCGGUCCACCCCCUUUCCCACGGGCCAAGUGCACCUGGUCGUGGUAGCUGCCAAGAAGCUUGUGAACCGGCUCCAGGUGGCUCCCAAGUCGCAGCUGGAUGAGACAGUGCUGUGGGUGGUGCAUAUCUCGGACCCCAUCAGCCCCCAGGUGCUGAAAAGCAGAGCAGCCAAGGAGCUCAAGGCGCUCCAGGAUUUGACCCGGAAGGAAAUGCUGGAGCUCUUGGAGAUGCCGGCGGCUGAGCUGCUGCAGGACCACCAGCACCUCUGGGCUCAGCUCUUCAGCCCAGGGGUGGAAAUGAAGAAGAUCACAGAUGCCCACACGCCGUCCGGCCUGACCGUGAACCUGACGCUGUACUACAUGCUGUCCUGCUCGCCCGCCCCGCUGCUCAGCCCCUCCCUGAGCCGCCGGGAGCGAGAGCAGAUGGAGGCGACACUCAGCUACGAAGACCACUGCUUCAGCGGCCACGCCACCAUGCACGCCGAGAACCUGUGGCCAGGCCGGCUGGGCUCGGUGCAGCAGAUCCUGCAGCUCUCGGGCCUGUGGAGGCUGACGCUGCAGAAGCGCGGCUGCAAGGGGCUGGUGAAGGCGGGCGCGCCGGGCAUCCUGCAGGGCAUGGUGCUCAGCUUCGGUGGGCUGCAGUUCACUGAGAACCACCUGCAGUUCCAGGCCGACCCCGACGUGCUGCACAACAGCUACGCGCUGCGCGGCAUCCGCUACAAGGACGACCACCUGGACCUGGCUGUGCUGGCGGACGCUGAGGGCAAGCCCUACCUGCACGUGUCCGUGGAGGCCCGGGGGCAGCCCGGCAAGGUCUACGCCUGUGAGGCGGGCUGCCUGCGGGAGCCGGUGGAGCUGACCGCAGCGCCCGGCGGCCACACCUUCUCCGUCAUGGUGACGCAGCCCAUCACCCCUCUGCUCUACAUCUCCACCGACCUCACGCACCUGCAGGACCUGCGCCACACGCUGCACCUCAAGGCCAUCCUGGCCCACGAUGAGCACAUGGCCCAGCAGGACCCCGGACUGCCCUUCCUCUUCUGGUUCAGUGUGGCCUCCCUCAUCACCCUCUUCCACCUCUUCCUCUUCAAGCUCAUCUACAACGAGUACUGCGGGCCCGGAGCCAAGCCCCUCUUCAGGAGCAAGGAGGAUCCCAGCGUCUGAGGGAGCCGGGGCCUUGCCGGCAGCCGCCGUUUGCACAGACAGCACCGGGCGCCCUGCUGCUGCGAGCGGGGGUCCCCCGGAGCACCGCCCUUUGUGCCUUGCUGGGGACAGUGGCGCCGAAGCACUGGUGGACGCCAGAGUUGGCUUUGGAAGGACGAGUGCCCGGCGGGGAGGGGGCCGCAGCCGGCCUCUGAGCUUUCCCCCUAUAGUGAACCGAUAGGGAAAAUACUUGAAUCAGCUCCCUCCUUCCACCCCCUUUCUCCUGUCCCAGGAAACAGCCCCUCUUUGAAAGACUCUCCUUUAGGAAAAUCGCGUUCUUUUCCUCAUUCAGUGCGUUCUUUCGUGAAUGAAUUUCUAAUUUAUUUUUGUUGGGGUCUCGAGGCAGUGGCCUCAGGCACAGUGCACCCUCUGUCACCUGGGUCUGUUGCCCGGUCGGCUCCCUGACUCCGGUCCUGAGCCUGUGGGCGUCUGUGGUUUUGUACUCUCAGGCUUCGGGAUGUUUAACUUUGUAGUGAUUGAUGGUUGUUGGGUUUUAAAAUACCAAAGCUUUUUUUGUCCCAUUUUUAAAUAAACAU